AUGAUGAGCCAUGAACGGGUCGACGUUCUUGAUUGUCCUACUACUACGAGUAGCGCCGCCACUGUGAGAUCCUUCGCGCUCUCUUCCGCUAUGUCAUUACUGGUCGACAUCGAGUCCUGCUGGAAUAAUUUUUUCAACUUGUCCCAUCUCAAUGGUCACCUCCUCGUUGUCAUGCGCAGUUUCACCCAAGGUGAUGAUGAUCACUAUCGCCGCAUCACGUUCCACGUGUUCAAAUUAGUAUUUCCUGUAAAAGAUGGUGGCAGUGGCGGUAAUGAAGUUGUGGAUUAUAUGAGUGGGAAGAAGUGA